UGGAAUAGGCAGAAGUGGAAGCUAGGGUUUAAGGUCCACGACGAAGUGGAAGUGUGGAAGACGGCGAUGGCGACGGCGACGGCGAAAACCCUAGCGCGGGCUGGCUCCUCCCUCCUCGGCCGCUUCCUCGCCUCCCCGUCCCCAUCUCUUCUGCGGGCCGGGCUUCCUCCUCCGUCGCUGCUCGCCAGGAUCCAGCCGCACGUCCCGCCGCCGCCGGCGUCCGUGGACGCCCACGAUGCGGAGGUGGUCGCCAGGCUGACCUCGCUCCCCGGCGAGAUCUCCUUCCCCUGCGGCCUCCCUUCGCUCCGGUUCCUCAUUGACGACGGAAUUGAUUCUGUUGUCGAUGAAACACCCCUUGAGUUACUUCCCAAAAGAACUUACCAGCCCAGUACCAUCAAGCGGAAAAGGACCCAUGGGUUCCGAGCACGUAAAGCAACCACGGGUGGGCGUAAGGUGAUUGCUCGGAGAAUCGCUAAAGGCAGACACAAAAUUUCAUGGUAAUGAAGCAUCUCCGGGAAAUUUCACCUCAGCUUUGAAUCACUGGUACGAACAUCUAGGAAGCUUACAAUACCUGUAUCCUCACUGAGGAGGUAGAGUGAGGGCAGAACCAGAAGAACACCUACCUGAAUUUCCUUACCAAACAAAACGUUCAUUCCACCAAAUAAACUUGGCAGAGUGGUGGUGGUCGAGGAUUUAUGCAUUUGUGUAUGUUCUACUGUCAGAGGUACCAUCCCUGAGGUCAAUUUCUGAUCCUGCGUUUGUAACUUUGUUGUGGAGAUUCGUCAGACUGUGCUGUUGAGUUCGCCUGUGAGCCCGCAGCCUCUAAUGGAUUGGUUAUCCUUCCGGUUUA